AUGCAAAAACACGAGGUCGUCGCCGGCAAAAUAUGCAACCUCCCGGACAAAGACAAGAUCGAUUCCGCGUUGGCAGAGCGGUGUCGCUCAAUCGGAGUCGAGUUAUUCAAUCAUCCUGUCGUGGUCCUCCAUGUCGGCGGCGGAGGAGAAACGGGCACUGACGAGGUCAUAUUUUUGAUAAUAAGAUCAUUCAACGGCAAGGGCCUCGAUGAGCGUGUCAGAAACCCGUCCCGGCGCCGCAGAUACCUCCCCAUCCACCCGAGUCCGGCCCACGCCGAGGCCAAAAACGUCACCCUGUACCUCUCGCCCAAAAAAGCACAGAUGCCGUGCCGCUCGUGGGUCGACGCGGCGAACCCGCAGAGGGCAGACUGGCGGAUCUUGCAGCCCUUCUGGAUCAGGGGGAGACAGGUGCGCCUCACCAAACCAUCGCGCGCGGACGUGCGGCAGUACAUGGUCGAUUUCAGAGCAAGAGCGGGAGCGGGAGAGAUCGCUGACGCCGUUGUUGUUGAAGAUGGACAUGGAAAGGGAGUCGGAGUCAGCGGCGGCAUCGCUGGGCCUUUUGCUCCCUACGCCUCCUCCCUCACCAACACCGACACGGACACCGCAUCGAAGUUUACCCACGUCCUCCAACGUCUACAACAUCACCAGCUCUUCGACAGUAACACAGAGCACACCUCCCCACCUCAGCCGGUCGGCCCAGACGAUCAGGUAUUCGCAUAUACCUCAACCUUCAUCUCCGUCCAGAUAUGUACCAUUCAUUACACCCUCACCCCAUCUCACCUCUCGCCCGCCUCCAUACCCACCUCAACAGCGCCUCCCGAGCCACGUGGUAUCGUUCAAUCCCAUAUCCAUGCCAGGUACAUACCCAGAACCGACAUCCACCGCGACUCGCACGAUCCGAGGGGAUACGCAACCCGCUCGCGCGACGAGAUACCACCAACCCUCCUACCACUACAACUACAGGACAUCGUACGAAAGGGCCCCGUUACUCCCGACAACACGCAUGACGAGCGCGCCAACGACGUCGCGUGCACGAUCCCAGCAGUCACUCGGUGGCAACCCACGCGCUUUCAUCUGCUUGUUCUUCUUCUUCCUGCUCUUGGUGGCCACCGGUCUGUGCUGGCACUGGUCCUGGUACUGGUAGAGCAGCGGCACGACAGCUCCAAAUUGAAUGAGUGA